UGCGGAGAUCUAUGCAAAGCAGCGGUGCCUGUUUCCUGAGGCAGCCUUUGCAAGCAGUCUUGGCCGUGCGUUUUAAUCGAGCUUAAAAUUACCAACUUCAGCCUUGACAAAUGCUGGGACUCUGAGCGGAUGAAGGUGCUUCGGAAGGACCAAGGCAUAUUCUUCAGGCACAUUGGUACUGACCUAUUUAAUCAACAUCAUGGGAUUAUUUGACAAACUAGCAGGCUGGCUUGGCUUGAAGAAGAAAGAAGUUCAUGUUUUGUGCCUUGGAUUGGACAAUAGUGGUAAAACUACUAUCAUCAAUAAACUGAAGCCAUCUAAUGCUCAAACUCAAGAUAUCGUUCCCACAAUAGGAUUCAGUAUUGAGAAAUUCAAGACAUCCAGUUUGUCCUUUACUGUGUUCGAUAUGUCUGGACAAGGUAGAUACAGAAAUCUCUGGGAACAUUACUACAAAGAAGGCCAGGCUAUUAUUUUUGUCAUUGAUAGCAGUGACAAACUCAGAAUGGUUGUAGCCAAAGAAGAACUUGAUACCCUUCUGAAUCAUCCAGAUAUUAAGCAUCGUCGAAUACCAAUUUUGUUCUUUGCAAACAAGAUGGACCUCAGAGAUGCUGUGUCAUCAGUCAAAGUCUCUCAGUUAUUGUCCUUAGAGAAUAUCAAAGACAAACCAUGGCACAUCUGUGCUAGUGAUGCUCUUAAAGGAGAAGGACUGCAAGAAGGUGUAGACUGGCUUCAGGAUCAAAUUACACAAUCAGAUUCAGGCAUUGAAGACAUGAAAAGCCAAUGAGCUCUGAAAAUAUUGUUAAAGGACCAUUUGUGGAUGCAUAUGACAAGACUUGAAGAUAAAGGCUUUUUAGGUCUGUUUACAGCAGUUCAUUCUAUUGAUUCCUUGUCUUUGGCUUAAUAAAAAGCCAACUCUUUUUUAAUGCCAUAGAGACAUUCAUGACACCAGCCAACUAUUUCAGUUUGGUUAAACAAAACAUAAAAAUCAUUAUAUAUUUGAUGGUGUUUUGGAGUUGGUGACCAAUUAGAGGCAUCUUUAAACCUGAAUAAUCUGGUUUUCUAUGAGCUCUCUAUAUAGUGUCUUCUUUUCAGAAGUACAUAUUGAAAUGUACCUUUACCAAAAUUCAAGUUUUAUUUUGCACAGAACCAGCUUAAACCAAUUAAUGUUUCAUAGUAUGUUUUAAGAGUAUCAAUUACAUGUGGAUUGUGUUUUUAUAAGUAAUUGUGGAUAUUUAUGAGUAACUUUCUGCUGAUAAGUGGUGAAUUGUAUUGUAUUCUGUAAUAGUUGAAAUAAUAUUUUGAUAAAUAAAAUAUAAUACAUGACUGA